UACUACAGUCGCGUUUGAAAUCUCAAGUGUGUUGAACAUUAUUUAGUUUGUGUUUUACAGUUAACAAACAAAUAGAGGUAGAUAAUUUAGUGAGCAAUUUUAAUUAUAUGUAACGUGUUGAAAUAAUUGAAGAUCUUGUUCAUUUGUGUUUUAAAUUAAAUACACGCGACCAUGGCUCGACGCGCGUACGACGCAAUUCACUUAUACAUGAGCGAGAUCACAUCUCGUUUAGUGGCGAAGACCGGGAUCCCGUCAGACAGAUACCAUAUUGGCAAGCUGUUCCUGCAAUCCUUGAAAGAAGCUCCCGACUUUGUGUCGCAGAUCGAUGGAGGCACAGGAGAAUCAGAAACCAACGGCUCAGUGUUAGACAGGAGCAUCCGCUGCGCCAUCUCUCUCUCUGCGCUGGGUCUGAAGAAGGGAGAUGUCAUGGUGCUCAUGGGACCGAAUCACUUGAACUACUGCAUACCACAUAAUGCAGCUCUGUUCCUUGGUAUCAUGGUGGCUUGUAUUGACGACACCUUGAAUGUCAAUGAACUGCAACAACUAUUUCACACGAAUCGUCCAAAAAUAAUUUUUGGUCAAAAUAAGAGGACGUCGGAUAUUGAAAAAGCAGUAGACCUGGCUGGAAUAGAAGCCAAGAUUGUGACCUUCGACGAGGGUGACAAACAUACAACACUGGCUAUGUUGGAGGUGACAAAUAAGAAGGCGAUAGAAGAUUUCAAGGCAACAGACUUUGACCCAGAAGAAACGGUAGCUUACCUGACAUCAACCAGCGGCACCACAGGAGUGCCCAAGACUGCCAUGCUGACACACAAGAAUAUUAUUACUGGCAUGCCUUACAUAUGGACCGUGUUCACCAAGUUCCCGACGCCAACAAAGCUGGUCAUUGUGACGUCACCUGGUCAGUGGCUGUCUGCUGGCUUCCACUACCUGUUCUCCCCGAUCCUGAGGUACACUCGGCUGCAGACAUCAUCUCCAGUUACCCCUGAACAUUUCGGUGACAUGGUUACUAAGUACAGGCCCUCCUACAUUGUUAUAAGCCCCAAUCUGAUGACCACGAUGAUUGCACAUGCAAAAUGUGACUUCACCUGCUUCGACUGCAUCUUCCUCGGAGGCAGCGCUGUGUCUCAGGAACUGAUUGAUGAAAUGAAGAGAAUUUCGAAAGCAGAACACGUUUACGGAGUAUAUGGUAUGAGCGAGUUGAGUGGUACUGCUGUGCAGCAUGACUAUGAUCCUCUACCAGGCUCUAGUGGAAGACCGAUCGGUGCCGUAGAAUUGAAGAUAGUGGACCCCACAACUCUCCAAGUUAUAACGGAACCCAACGUCCCAGGAGAACUGUGGGCUAGAGGACCGAGUGUGUUCAAGGGAUACCAUAACAACCCCGAAGCCACAAAAGAGGCGUUAACUGAUGACGGCUGGCUCAGAUCUGGUGAUAUCUUCUACAGAGAUCACUCAUGGAACCUCUUCUUUGUUGAACGAUACAAGCUUCUGUUGAAGUACAGAAACCACCAGGUAUCACCAGUGGAAAUCGAGAAUGUAAUAGCAAAACAUCCUGGAGUAUUCCAAGUGGCGGUGACCGGGAUUCCUGACAAGGAGUGCGGGGACCUCGUGGUGGCGUGCGUUGUGCCCAAACCUGGCUGCAGCCCCACAGCGCAGGAGAUCAAGGAUCUAGUCAAAGAAUCAUUGACAGACACCAAGCAACUGAGAGGAGGAGUGAUCUUCUUGAAACAGCUACCUUUGACCAGCUCCUCGAAAACAAAUAGGAAGGCACUGAAGGAACUGGCACUUACUUUGCCGAGAGAAUAGUAUUCUUAGCUAAUAUAAUUGUUAAUUGUUAUGUAAAUAGUGUAAAUGAAUUAUUAAAUAAAUAAUGUUUCUAUAUGA